AUGUCGAGCACGCCGGCCCCCACGCAGAAGCCGCCGCAGCAGGUAUGCGACAACUGUCGCUUCCGGAAAAUGAAGUGCGAUCGUGGGCUGCCGUGUAGCAAUUGCGUCGUAUCUUCAAUUCCCUGCCGAUACUUACAUACGCUUCGACGCAAAGGACCAAGAGGAGGCAAAGGCCGUCGGCUGUCCCAGAUCAGACAGGGCCUCACGGAGCCUGAUAAAAACCACUUUGACGUUAGCACGCCGGCCACGCAGAUUCAGUUCAACGCUUUGGAGGAAUCGAAUAGGAAUCGGACUGUAGGAUCUGGCGGCCAGCAUAAUCCUCUUUUGGCCCUGGCGUCUACGACUGGGAUAGCUACGGAACAUGACAAGCAGAGGCUAUCAGUAGCCUUGGCGGCUCAUGUGCAGGUGUUUAUGAAGCAUCUGUUUCCCAUCAUGCCCGUCAUCAACGAUAGGGAGCUUCUUGCAGACUCAUUACACUUGGAUGAGCUCUCUCCUUCGCGAUAUGCCUUUCUCCUAUCUCUCUGUGCUGCAACGCGGAUCCAGCUGAAGUUGGAUAAUGCAGAAGAAUACGACGAAACAUCAGUCGGCAUCAACACCUCAUUAGACUCGCCUCUCACGGGCGAGGCGCUGCUAACCGCCGCUGAGCAGGCCCGGCUCCAGUUCAACGUGGUUGAUGACUUGAGCCUGGACACCCUACUGACGUCCUUCUUCCUCUUUGCGGGUUAUGGCAACUUGGAAAAGCAUACACAUGCUUGGUUCUACCUGAACCAAGCUAUAUCCCUGGCUCUGUCGAUAGGCCUGCACAGCGAGUCAGCCUACAGUAACCUCCCAGAAAACGAUCGGGAAAUCAGACGGCGGAUAUUUUGGCUUUUAUUCGUGACGGAGAGAACGUACGCUCUUCAGCACCGGCGGCCAGUGAUGCUGCGAAACACCAUCUCAAAGCCACAAAUUGUCGAUUCAGACUGUCCCAUCGUCAUGCACGACUUUGUAAAUCACGUCCGUCUAUUUGAGCUGCUGCCGUGCUCCCUUUACGAGUGGCAACCUCACACCGAUGGAUGUCAGCCACAGGGAGUCGCUCUCAGCCAUUCUAUAAGCAACAAGCUCUCUGCUGUGCAGCCAGCAGAGUCAGUCAUGGAAAGCCAGAGAUUUGACACUCUUGUUACGCAGCAGUGGCUGCGCGUAUCAAUGUGGCGUCUUGCGUUCGGUUCUAAGCCGAAUCUCGUGUACGGUCAGGGCCUUGUGCCUGCUCUUGGCCUGCCAUUCGAUGCUGGGAAGGCUAUCAUGAAGGCUCUGGGGUCUGUGAGCCAGAGCUCAAAGGACUGCCAUGGAAUUGCUAUUGAGCAAAAACUCUUCGAUAUCGGGAUAAGUCUGGCAGAUGCGUCCAUGUCUGCUUCUCCCAUGCCCUCUUUCGAAUUUGGGCCACAGGAUCUUCUAGUCUCUGUAGUCAAAUUUCUAGGUCGCAUUCGCGGAUGCCAGUCUCACUUAUUGCCGAAGCUCUUGAAGCACUCCGAGAUGAUCCUCGGCUUCUCAAAUCCCAUUGCCAGCAUCGACGUCCAUUGGCCAGCACUUCUAGAGGAACACGCGGGAGGCGUGCCGGAGAACGUGGGCGACUUGACAACACAGGGAGACGAGUCAUCAAGCAGUACGGGCAGCUGGCAAGACACUUGCGAUUUGGCGAUGCUGGAGCCUGGCGCAGCGUCAUUUUUGACGUUGGCGUGUGAUGAUACCCCGUUUGAUGCUGAGCAGGUGCAUAUAGCAGGGCAAGUGGAAAUUGCAUGA